UUCCGUGGUGCAUUGUAUUAGAGCUUAUGUUAUGCAGCUGACUAGGCCAGGGCACCUUGAUUAAAGGGCCUUAACUGCUACUAUUCUUAGCUCCCACUGUAGCCUUUGACCCUGAAACUGACAAGGUCCCCAAGGCUUCAGCAGCCCAGCAGGCAAGCCCUGAACCAGCCUUGAAUGAACAAGGGUAGCACAAAGGAAGAUUAACAUAGCAAAACAAUUAUAUUUAGAAAGGUUAUAGCAUGUGCAACCACCUCAUUCAUUUUAAAGCACAAGAAUCCUUUUUAUUGCCCGUUGAGCCUGGCUGCCCUUUCCUUCCUGCUGGUGUGAAACAAAAACCUAGGCAUGCUUGCUGAUUUACAGCAGAUUUAGGAGAGGACGACAUCAUGCUUAUAGGAAGUGAAAGUUUGGUGAACUUUUUUCCCUUUCGCUUUGUUUAAUGUGAUUUGUUUAAUAACACUAGCUGGGAGCUCUCCUGAGCCAGCAGAAGGAAAUAUUAUUACACAUGAGUCUUUCAGCAGGCAGGCAGGAGGAGGACAUGUGCAUGGAUUAAAUGCUGAGAGUUUGGCUGCCAGAGAAAGACGUUAUUGUUGUGAUUUUCUCCUCCUUCCCUCACUCCCACCCACCCUCUCGAAGAGAAUCUCAGAGGAACAGAACCACAGAAAACACACACUGCUUGGAGGAGGCUCAUUUGUAUCAGAACCGGACUGAAGUGAGGAGGAGGAGGAAGAGGAAAAGGGGAAGGAAGAGUCCUGGAAGUUAAAAACACACAGGCAGGAGGAAGGGCAGGUGGCAACAGGAAACUAUUUAGACCAUGAAGGGUGUUGCCAGCCUGAUUUUCCCACUCAUGCUUGUGCUGAUCUGUGAGGUGAAUGGACAGAGGCGCCCAAGACCUCCAAAGAAGCGUCCAACUCCCUCACCCUUUGAACCAGUCGAGCCUACAGAAUUGCCUCCACCCCUGCCGCCAGGACCUCCCUCAGUUUUCCCCGACUGCCCAAGGGAGUGCAUCUGCCCUCCAGAUUUCCCGUCAGCCCUUUACUGUGACAGCCGCAACCUGAGGAAAGUGCCCAUUAUCCCAUCCAGGGUCCACUAUGUCUAUCUACAAAACAACUUCAUUGAUGAGCUUCCUGAGGAGUCCUUCAAGAAUGCCACAGAGCUGAGGUGGAUCAACCUGGACAACAAUCGCAUCAAGAAGGUAGACAAGCGGGUGCUGGAAAAGCUGGAUAGCCUUGUCUUCCUGUACAUGGAGAGGAAUUAUCUUAGGGAAGUACCCAACAAUCUCCCUCCCAAUCUGGAGCAGCUUCGGCUGAGCUGGAAUCGGAUCUCCAAGAUCCCUCCUAAUGCAUUCAACAAGCUGGAGCACCUCAUCCUAUUGGACCUCCAUCACAAUGAGCUGAAUGAUGUAGUCUUCAACAAUAAGAAUAUUUUCAAAGGGCUCAAAAACCUCAUACAGCUCAACUUGGCCCACAACAGGCUACAGAAGAUGCCACCUGGGGUUCCCAAUGCCGUUCACCAGCUCUUCCUAGACCAGAACAGAAUUGAUGACAUCCCCAACAACUACUUCAAAGAUUUCCCCAACUUGCAGUUCCUGAGGCUUAACUACAAUAAGCUCUCCGAUAAAGGGCUGCCUAAGAACUCUUUCAACCUCACUAACUUGCUAGUCUUGCAUCUAGCACACAACAACCUCACCAACAUCCCCUACAUCAGUGCCAGGCUAGAACACCUCUACUUGAAUGACAAUUCCAUUGAAAAAAUCAACGGGACCCAGAUAUGCCCCACUUCUCUACUCUCUUUCCAAGAACCAUCCUCAGACCUUGAAAACGUUCCCCGUCUUCGCUACCUGCGCCUAGAUGGCAAUCUGCUGAAGCCGCCCAUCCCCUUGGACCUGAUGAUGUGUUUCCGACUCUUGCAGUCUGUUGUAUUCUAAGCCUUGCAGCAAUCGCCACUCCCCGGGGACUUUGGCUUUGCACAGUGACUUGAUUCCAGUCUAUGUUAGACAUGGAGAAAAUAUUUUAUCAUCUCUACCCCAAUGUCUUCUCUUUACAUUCUGCCUCCUCCUCUUUUGGCUGCAGGAAGCUCUGUUCAGCUCCUCUUAUAUGCAGUAUCUUACGGAGAUGUCAUGCCCCUAGGAGCGUUGCACAAGAUACACACAUGUAGUAUCCACACACAAAACCAAGGGUUACAGUCAAACAGUUUCUCCUAUCUUGUCCCUUAAUUUAUAACAAAAAUAGAGAAGAGCAUAUCAAGGUGACUUUGUAGCAUGCACUUGUGUUACUGCCUUGCUUGCUAGAGCUUCAGAUAGACUUACUGGUCCCUCAGCAAGAAAACUAGUUUAUGGAAUAGGUUAGGUUUGUCAUAACUCUCAGAGGAAAAAAACAGCAUGUGCAAUUGCAUAAAUGUGUGCAAACAUUUAGACUCAUUUGUCUAAGUGCAAUGCUGAGCUAAGGGGAAAGGAAUAUUAAAACUGUUUACUGUUGGUUGGGCGGUAAUCGCAUAUGUAGCUGUAGUAGGAGAUACUUCCUUAAUAAUGCACACAGCAGAUUGUACCUGGUGGAGCCAUGUGAGGUGCAUUGUGGGUACAAUGAGGAGUGAUGGCAAAUUGACGUUCCUCCUACUUGUGCUCUUUGGGAUAAUAAAAGUGAUAUAAUAACAUACUGUGGGCAUUUACUGAAUGACCAAAUGUAGUGUGACCACCAACAACCAGGACUUGGGUCAUGAUACUUUAAAAGUACUGGCUGACAUGCUGCGCAAUGCUCUGUCUGCCUCACAAGGGUGCAUUUGCACAGUCGUGCAAGAGUGCUCUUGCGCGAUAGCUAGAAUUGCACAAACACAGUUGUGCGAUACAGGGCCAUUAUUUCUCAUGGCUCUCUAUCAUGCAACUGUGGUUGUGUAAUGCUACCGUCUUGCAAGAGUGCUCUUGUGCAAAUGCUCCAUAGGUAGGUAGAUGGCAGAUGGAACGUUGCACAGUAUAUCAAAGGAGGGUAAUUGCUCAUUGCGCUUCCCACAAUCUAACUCCAGGUUCAUUUUGCUGCUGUGACUCAUUUUGCAUCUUCUGUGCCUAGGCAGAAGUACCAUUCAUGCAGAGUUCAGUAGUGGAGAUAAUUUGGCAUCAGAAAGAGCAGCAGCAGCAGUAGUAGUAGUGGUAGUAGUAGUUGUAAUAAAGUGCCUUGACAGGACUAUCCCAUUGUCAUGAUGCUUUUACAGAUAUGUGUAUACCAUCUUUGGGCUUUUUUGCAUGAUAUCUUGAAUAGCUAGUGCAAUCUGUACCACAUCAUAGAUCUUUCCCCUGGAUAGGGUUACUCUAAGUUUCUUUGCAUGAAAGUGCCAAAGUGAAGAGGUUCAAACAGUCACAUAAUGUCCCUAGCAAUAACUCUACAGAUGUCACAAGGGAAAUGGUUUCCCAUUUCUCAAGGCAUGCUGCCUUGAAACAGCCUGCUGCUUCUUCCCUACCCCACCCCCCAAGUAAGGUUAUUCAAGAGGAGAGCUGGCAGCAUAUCAAAAUUUGCUUGAGAGAAGGCAGGGAAAUGUACUAUCUUAGUGAGCUGCUGCCUAUUCUCUUAGCUGCAGUCAGCACAGAUAUCAACAGAGUCCCCAUAUAGCGUAUGAGUGAUUUGCAAACCUCUUCAUCAUGAGAAGGUGCAGUAAUAUAAUACACAUAGACGUUGGUGCAAUAAUUUUGCUCUUCUUAUUUCUUCCUGUGCUGUUUUUUCCCCCUGUGAUUUGCACAGCAAACAUACACAGAGCAGCAUAAGAAGUCCAAAUAAGUGCCUCAGAGAGCUCUGGUGAAAACAAGCACUAUGGCCAGUUUUGCAGGCUCUAAGAAUUAUAUGGCUCACAUAUUCAGCGACACUCCAUGGAGUGCAUAACCAUUGCCCUCUCCCCAGGUAGCCCCCACUGCCAAAGGUCCUCUGGCCCUUCACAGGGGGCUGCCCAGGAGGCUGCCCAGGGAGGAGGUGACAAUUGCAUGGAUCCUGUGUUCUGCUGGUGUUGCUCUUAAGUGAGUCAAUGUUAUGAAAAAUGGUGGCCAUAGGAAAAGUUGCAAUGCAAGGUUUUCCCCAACUAUACAAAUUACCCACACUUGUCCAUGAGUGAAUUACUUUGAGGGUAGAGUACUGUGUGGAAAACAGGAUACUGUUUUUUACCAACACAUUUCGUUUUACAGCACCAGCAAAAAAAUAAAAAAUAAAGCUGUUGCUAUCACACCUGUAUUUCUGCCACUUGGCACAGUACAGGUGCACUACAGAAGAAGUGGGGAGAAUGCUCAUUGAAACUGCCUUGAAAAAGAGCAAAGUGGAGACUAUAAGUAGGUACUGCACUUUUAGGAUUGGUUAAAUACUGUUUAGGGUCCUUUCCCCCUCUAUUCCUGAAGGGUCUACUGUUUUCACUUGCAUUUUCCCUGUUACUUUGUCCACUGACCUCUCCUUACCUAUUUAUUCCUGUAUCCCUCUUAUUACUGCCCUGCUCAGUCUCUCUCUGAACCAUGACCAAAGAAUGGUUCUGUGCCUCACUGAUCCUGCCCAACUUGUUUCAGUUCUGGGGCCAACACCUCAGCUAACUCAGCUCUGUUUUGCCAUUUGACCAUCUGCCUUAUUGACAGACAUCUUGUUUGUCCUUGACUUUCAAGCAACCUGAUUCCCUUGGUUUGAAAACAGGUUUGAGUCCUCUGUGGCUCUCUUUCAUGUACUUCAUCCCUUCCUGAGACAUCGUGUUCCAUUCCACACUCUGCAACAUGAAGGGGUUUCACAUUCACUAUUAUUUAAUAAUUCUAUAGCACUUCCAGUGUGCAUAUUGAAUGAAUCCCUGUCUCAUUCAACCUCACAAGAAGUCUGGAAGGAAAAUAGUUAUCCUUCCCCUUUACAGAGGGGGAACUGGGGCUGAGAAAGAGUCCAAGGCAACCCAACAGGGAUUGGAACAGGCUGUCCUAGUCCAGUAUUCUAGUCACUAAGCCAGAGCUGCUCAACUUCAGCUGUCCUGCAGAGGUUGGCCUACAGCUCCCAUAAUCCUUGACUAUUGGCCACUUUGGCUAGGGAUUAUGGAACUGCAGUCCAAAAACAGCUGGAGGGCCAAAGUUGAUCAGCCCUGCAUUACGCUGAGAGGGUUAAAUGCUGGCCUCCUUAUGCUUGUGCAACCCAGGGCAACUUCUGACAGAAGGGCUAUUCACAUGUUGUGUUGUUCACAUGUCCUGGUGUUUGUACAUGUGCACAUGUUUUCAUGUAAAAAUUGAUGCAUAUGUGUUCAUUUUAAAGAUCAACAAGACCAGAAAGGGCUGGAGUCAGCACAAGGCACCUGUGUGUAGCUGCUGCGGGCCCAGCACCCUGGAGAGUGCCUUCUGAUGCCCGCUCCUGAGGAGGAUUGGGCCCAGUCAGGAGCUGGCAGUCGUGAAGGCCACCUUCCCUUGCCAUGGCAGCCAAUGUGGCUGCCUUGGUUAAAGAACACAAUGUCUUUAUUCUCAGUGAGCCAGCACCACCACCACCACCAGCAGCAGCAGCUUUCUGACAGGUGGCUGUCACCUGCCAUUCUUCUGCCCUCACAGUGCCCCACUGUAGGGGAAAACAUGUGGAGAGCACCUGCCAUCAGCUAGAACACUGCUGACAGCUGUCUAGAAAUGAAAGAAACUUGCUUCACCCUGGUAGAGGGAGCCCCGGUUGUUGGUUGGGCCCAAUCCCCCACCCCCCACAGGGCCAGGUAUUAGCAGUAGGCCUCGCCAGGGUGCUGAGCCCUCUGCAAUUAUGUAAUGGUGCCUUGUGCUGAUGCUGGCUGUGUCUGAAUCUGUGUGUGCCCUCUCCAGCCAAAUUUCUUAAGUCAAUUGUCAUAUGUCAGGCUGCAAUUUCAACAACAGGAAUAAAGUUCUGCUGACUCUGAAAAGAUGAGGAUGUGGUUCAUUGGUGCAUUUUUUUUUCAAUUUUUCCCCUUUCAUUUUUGACCUGAAGAUAUUCCCAUUUCCCUGAGCUGUCCCUGAGCUUCCCAUUUCCCUGAGCUGUGAGAAGUCCAGAGGCUAUAGCCACCCAGAGAUGUAAGUCUGGGCAGGGUAUAAAUUUAAAUUAAUAAAUAAAUAAGGAAGGAAGGAAGGUUCAGGAUUUAGUUCCCUUUGGAUGAGAGAGCACUGGGGACUUAUGAGGUCUUUGUAUUAUCUCUAUUACCAUCACAGAAGCAGAACAUAGUGGAAGCAAAUAGAUCUUCCUACAGCAGGCAGCAGAUCCACUACAUCUGAUUCCCAGAUAGGUUUCUUGAACUGCAAAGUGCUUCAUCUUCAAUCAUCUUACAGUUUUAAACCCUCCGUCUUUCUGAUUCUCUGGCACAAUUCAGACUUCAAAAUUGGGCCCAAGCUGCUGUUCUGACACUUUCUUAACUCAUCACAAAUAUUCAUGUGUAUUACAUUCCAAAGGCUGGACAGAAAUUCCCAGCUAUCAGGAUAGCAUUCUUAGCCAUGAAGGUUCUUUCGUUAAAGUCUCUGACUGCUCAUGAGCUGGCCAUUUGGUUGUCAAUGAUCAAGACAACCAAAAUCAUAUGUGUUAUCUUUCAUAUGGAAGAUAGCUAUAUGGUGACAAGCUCUUUAACUUUAAGUGCUUUGCCAUCUGCUGCAAUCAAAAGAGCAAACUGAUGAAUCUAUGUGACAUUGGAUUGUCCUGAAAGGAUUUAUUCAUGUUCCUCGCUCUUCCAGGUUGCCUUUACUCUCUCUUCAUCCCUUUUCUUGUGCUGUGGCUUAAAAAUUCAGUAGUCUCCUCCUCCUCCUCCUCCUCCUCCUCCUCCUCUUCUUCUUCUUCUUCACAAAACAGGUUGAUGUUUUCCCAUUUCUCCCUUUUCACUCUCAUUUUUGAUUCCAGAAAACAAUCAUAGAAGUCCCCUAUUCUAGAUGAAAACAGAGCUCUGCAGCCAACAAAGAGACAACUCACUCUUUUCCAUCUCACUGUCUCAUUCUCUGUCCCUCUUCAAACCACUGCUUGGGCGGAGUCUCCAUGGAAGUCAACAAGGGACUCUGGCUUACACCCCUAUGACCAAACAACCUCAGUCCAUUGGACACUCCCUGAAAAAGCUCAGCAUAUCCCACUGGUACCCAUGUUGGGGUUGGGCAUGCUUGCUUGGGAUCACUUAUUUUAAUAGUAAUGCAGGCAUAAGAUUUGCUUUUAAUUUAAUCUAUCUGUCUAUCUAUCUAUAGGGCCCAGUUUGGCCUUCUGUUACACCAGUGUAAACUAGCGUAACCCCAUUGAUAUUUUUUGAGUUACUCUGGAUUUAUGCUUGUAACACUUGGAAUAUGAUCUGCUGGUUUCUUGUUAUAUCCUAUUAAAUCUGUUGUGUAAGUUUCAACUUUGUUUGCUUUAAAACAAUCUCCUCCCCAAA